AUGGGAGAACCAGCGAAGGCUGAAACUUGGGUACGCGCGUUGGAGCGCAUCUUCAAAAGCUUAGUGUGCAACGACGAGGAGAAGAUGAUCUACGUGACGCAUCAACUGACCGGGUCCGCCGACUUUUGGUGGGAUACCAAGCUGAAGACCAUGCCCCAGGACCGAGUGGACGGAAUGACGUGGGAGGACUUCAAGGCCGAGGUAUAUGACAAAUACAUACCUAAGAGCUACCGCAAGGCAAAGGCAGCCGAAUUUUACAACCUCACUCAAGGGCGCCUGUCAGUGACCGAAUACGACCGCGCGCUUUGUGACAUGACCCGCUAUGCGCCGGAACAGACAUAUACUGACGAGAAGCUAGCUGAUAAGUUUCGUGGGGGGCUGAGACCUGAGAUUAGGAUGGCGUUGGCUGUCCGUGGGAAGCUUACGUACGCAGAGGCACUGGCCCUCGCACUGGAUGUUGAGGCGGUGAUGCCCAAUGAGAGGAGCACGGAGAACACUACGCUGGCACUACCCCCGCCACGCCCUAACCAUGAUAAGAGGAGGUGGGACGAGAGUAGGACCCACUACGACAACAAACAAUACCGCCCCGCCCCGAACCGACCGCCGUACGGAGGAGGGCAGACCUCGUUCAACCAGAGGAGCGACCCCCGGGCCAGACCACCCCAAUGCAAUGUUUGCGCCAAGUACCAUUUUGGGGAGUGUAGGGCACCGAACCCGACUAGGUGCUUCAACUGUGGAGGGAAUGGUCAUUUCUCGAGAGAGUGUCCGAGUAGGAACGUGGGAACCGGGUCGAGGCAGAACAAUCAAGGUUUCCGUUAG